AGACACGAUCAUGCUGUUACACUAUACCCGUCGCAGUAGGGCUAAGAUUCUAGAGAAGAUGAAAAAACCUAUGCCUACUAUCAGUCCGUUCGAGGCCAAGGGUUCGAUAACAUACGGUUUGUGUAGACUGCGGGAAGUGAUCUGUAAUGAUCAAUCUCCUUGUUGUAGCUUAGUCAAUCUUUAUGCUAAGAUGGGACUUCAUCGUUACAAUUUGUUUCAGGGGACAAACUAUCAGCUCAUUAUCGUAAAGAAGUACCAUUACAAAUUGAUUAUUGCUGCUACCUGUUACUACAUAACUUUGGUUGCAAUGGAUCCAUCUACCUCUUUGCUCCACACUUUUCAUAUUAGAAUCGGUGAACGCAAAAUUGCCGGAUUUGUUUUGUUGUGCAAUAUUGUUAGAAUCCGAGGGGAAACCAAUAAGGACGAGAUCAUUUCAUACGACUUGCCAGGUAGCAUGCCUGAGUGGCCGACAGAGGAUCCUUUCGACAAGAGAAAGCGAUUUUACGUGUUGAACAAAUCAGAGGUCCAAGACAAUGACUGGAUUCGUCUUUACUUGGAACUUGCAGUCGCCAAAUAUAGAAGUACCGACAUGGAUCCUGAUCUGUCCGACUUGAAGAUUGUGAAUGUGGCUAUAGAUACGAGCGAAGAUCUCAGUGAGGGACUCAAUGCCAAAAAUGCAACUGUCUACAUAAGUUACAAGGACUCGUGCGAGGAUCGGGUUCGUAAGGAUGUUGAUCGCAUAGCUGUAGUUAGAAGCACCUUCUGUGAGCGUACAGGACACUUCACUCUGAUGGGUAGGCAUCAGAGUUCAGAACUUAUACCAAAAAAGGGUGCGGAUCAGAGUUCAGAAAUGAUACCAAAAAAGUGCAAGUAUCAGAGUGAGAAUGACUCGUGUGAGGCUGGGGUUGGUGAGGAUGCUGACUGCAUUACAAGGAGAUUCAAUGAGGUUGGUGAGGAUGCUGACCGCAUUACAAGUAGCUUCAAUGAGCAUACGUGACGCCUCAGUCCCAUGGGUCAGCAGAAUCUGAGUUCAGAAAAAAGUUUUAAAGUAUCAGCGUGUUAUCCGCCGGCGUUUAAGCGUCCUCAAAAAGUGGCAGCUUUUGAGUCUUAGGUGGCCACAAGGCAUACAAAAACCAUGGUUUUGGCUUGGCUCGUCCUCUGCAGAAGACAAGAUCCAUUUGAAAAUGUAUGUAAGAUAGUAAACUAUUUACGGUUGCCGACUAAGUUAUUUGGUGCGUUAAGUGGUUUAGUCUUUGUGCACUGUGUGGUUUUUGUUACGUCCUAUGCUUGAGACUAAUUUAACAUUCUGCCUUGCUUUCAGA